UCGCCAAGCAAAAAAUCAUUGCUUACAGCUAUAGUUGCUGAAUGCAAUCACAGUAUGAACACACCAAAAAGCAAGGAAAUAUACCUUGCUUCCAUGCCACUGAAUCUCCUUUCUCUACCACCCUUUACAUCAUUUCACUCCUUUCUUUAAUCCUCUUCACUUUUUGGUCGGUUUAUUGUCAUCCAAUCCCAUGUAGAUUCCUUAGCCCAAUACCCAUUACCCGUCUUUUCCAUCCCACUAUAAAUCAUUGUCGAAAGUUCAAAUUUUGAUCAUCAAGUUGGGAUUUUACUUCACCUCCAAGCCAAUCAUGGCCACCCCCCCAUAUGCUUCCUCAUGUCAUAGCUCCUCUUCACAAAGAUCACUGGCCAUGGUGUUGGCUCUAGCCUCAGCAGUGGUGUUAUCUCCCUUGUAUGUUAAUUCAAAGAGUGAUAGGAGGUGGUACUAUGAAUCAAAAUGGAGUUCUGGUUUUGUUCUACCUAUGGUUCUUGUUGGACUUGUAAUUGCCAUAAGAACCACCUCUUCUUCGUCCACGUCAUCUCCUAGAGCUUCAUUGCUACCAUCUCCUGAGCCUUCGUGGGUACUCAGAAUUGGAAGCUCUUCUUGGGGACUAGCGGGAGUUUUGGUUAUGCUCAUGCUUGUUCUUUAUUGGCAAGCCUCGGUUCAAGAUUUCUUUUGGAGAUGAGGACUCUUCUUUUGGUUUCUAUUUGUUGCAUUUAUGUACUAUAUAGUAUUUAUUUUAAUGUAAUAAUAUAAGAGAAAAUGAGAGUUGUGCUUGACAAUUUUCAAUUUUGAUACCUCAAGCUUU